CCUUCACCAAAUUACUAGCCAGCCUUGAGCGACGAUCAUCGAGCAAUUCCAACGACGAGUACGAUGAUGAUGACGGCAAUGACAAUGACGAUAUGGAUAAAGAUGAUGAUGAUGAGAUUGAAGUUAAAACAACCGAAGAAGUAUUGAACAAAGUAGUCGAAGUGAGCGAAGUAAGCGAAGUGAGGAUCGAAGAUGACAUCGAUGAUAUUUGGGCAAAUAAAUCUCCGGAAUACCAACCAGCUACGCCUACGUACAUUAAAAGUCAAUUUGGCAAAGAUGUAGCUACCAUUAAAGAGAAGCAAAAUGCGUCAAAGAGGGCUUUCGAAGAUGUGCCUCUACCUGAUCUCCCUACACGACCCGUCGCACCGGUAAAAUUAAUUGAAAACAAAUCUAAUGCCACUAGCACCUUUUCAGGAGACAUAGGUCCUAAUACAAAUAAAUCUAGCAGUAGUAGUAGUAGUAGUAGUUGUACUAGCUUAAGCAGUGAGCUUGAAUGUGAACGCACUUUUGACGAUGCCAAAAACGACGAUGAUGACGGUAGUAAGACAUUGCGUGAGACGGUAACUGCAACGAACAUGAACUUGCACCAUCUGGCGUUAACAAAAUCAAAAGCACAAAAUUCAAAAUCAAUAAAAACGCAUCCUGCUGAAAUAUUGGCAAACAAUCAGAGUUUUAAAUCGGCCUCAAUUUCCUCAAGCUUAAACAAUUCCCAAACUCAGGAAGCAUACGCGGCGAAUUAUGAUUUGACAAGCAGAUAUAAUCCUUAUAAUGAUAAUCAAAAUGUAUAUAAUGAAAUUGGAAAUUCUGAUUCAUUGUAUGAACUUCAGUUUAGUCGCUCAGCAGUUGGUGGUUCCAAGGUGUUGAUGAAUUGUCAUCCCUGCAAUGCGGACGAAUAUGAUGGUCUGGAGUUUGAGUCGCGCUUCGAGUCGGGUAAUCUGGCAAAGGCGGUGAUGAUUACACAAACCUAUUAUGAGCUAUAUUUACGUUCCGAUUUAUAUACGAGCCGAUCGAAACAAUGGUUCUAUUUUCGUGUGCGUCGAACUAGGAAGAAUGUCAUUUACAGAUUUUCCAUCGUGAACUUGGUCAAGUCCGAUAGUCUGUACAACGAUGGCAUGCGUCCGCUCAUGUAUUCGACCAUCGACGCCAAACAGAUACGUGAAGGCUGGAAGCGUUGUGGCACAAAUAUCGCCUACUAUCGCAACGAUGAUGACACACCAUCUGAGGAGGAGGAGGAGAAUUGCUCCUAUACGUUAACAUUUAAUAUUGAAUUUCAACACGACAACGAUACGGUGUACUUCGCACACAGUUAUCCGUACACGUACAGUGACUUGCAGGAUUAUCUGAUGAAUAUACAAAAGGAUCCUGUAAAAUCGAAAUUUUGUAAAUUAAGACUUUUGUGUCGCUCGCUUGCGGGUAACAAUGUGUAUUAUUUAACGGUAACCGCGCCGGUUCCGGACGAAGAAGCGAUGCGGAAAAAGAAGGCCAUUGUAGUAUCGGCGCGUGUACAUCCCAGCGAAACGCCUGCCUCAUGGAUGAUGAAAGGCCUUAUGGAUUUCAUCACCGGCGAAACGUUGGCAGCCAAAAGACUGCGACAUCGCUUCAUUUUCAAGCUUAUACCAAUGCUCAAUCCGGACGGUGUGAUUGUAGGCAAUACGCGCAACUCGUUGACGGGCAAAGAUCUAAAUCGACAAUAUCGCACCGUUAUACGGGAAACUUAUCCAUCCAUUUGGUAUACAAAAGCCAUGGUUAAAAGACUGAUUGAUGAAUACAAAGUUGUCUUGUACUGUGAUAUGCACGCCCACUCGCGCAAGCACAACAUUUUCGUUUAUGGCUGUGAGAAUAAACGCAAUCCCGAAAAGAAGCUCACGGAACAAGUAUUUCCGUUAAUGCUGCACAAGAAUGUCGCUGAUAAGUUUUCUUUUGAAAGCUGUAAAUUUAAGGUGCAACGCAGCAAAGAGGGUACUGGCCGCAUUGUGGUUUGGAUGUUGGGCAUCACAAACAGUUACACAAUUGAGGCAUCAUUUGGCGGGUCAUCGUUGGGGUCGCGCAAGGGUACCCACUUUAAUACGGCGGACUACGAGCACAUGGGACGCGCCUUCUGUGAGACUUUACUAGAUUAUGGCGAUGAAACACCAAAUAAAGAACGCUUGCGUUUGAAAAUCAUUGAACGCCUUUUGAAAGAAGGUUCCAACGCCGACGAACCACUAAAUAUACCACUAUCCGAUUAUUCCAGCGACGAGGGUGGUGUAUCCAGUUCAGAGAACGAAUGCCGUGGUUCCAGUUUUUCUGAUUUGGAAGGACCCUGCUGCACUCUAUCUAGAGCGCCACCAUCUACUCCAGAAGCAGAGGCGCAAACUCGCCGGCACAAACUAAGCCGCAUGCGUCGAGUUAUGCAUGAGCUUGAUCGCAUCUACUUUCAACCGUUAUUUCAAAAGAAAUUCCGCUGUUUUAUGCGUUAUAAACCUGGCAAACCGAAACGGGCCAAUAAGAAGAGCUCGAAAAAGAAGAGUAUCAGUAGUGUUCAAGAUGGCGCUAAAUCGCAGACACGUCGACUGCGCGGUGGCGUUAUAAAUGGCGAUGGUAUGAGCACACAAGAGAGUUUAUAUGAGGAGAUUUUUCAGGAUGCGCUGGAUGGCCUUUCACAUGCAAGUGUAUCAGAUUCAGUAAAUCCAUCUGAGGAUUGUGUAUUCUUAUCUGCCGAAGGUGGUACGGAUGAUUCGAGGCAAGAUUGUAGAAAAGUUUCGCGCAAGUUUCAUGCCACCAAGAAAAGGUCCAAGGAAACGAAAGCUAUUAAAGAGCCACCACAACAACAACGUUUAGUUGUUUCUAGAAAACUUCGCAUGUGGUUGGCGGAUAGAAAAAUAUUCAUCUACCGCAGUAAGAUAAAGCAUCGUAAACUUCGCGCACGUCGCUCACAUAGUCAUCGCAAACGAAGCGAAACACGCAUAGCACUGGAUCUUCCCACCACCGACCCCAGCGCAGAUUUGAUAUUCUCCACCGACGAAGAGCCAAACGCACCUGACGAGGACGAUUGUUUGCCGCAAUAUUGCACUGUACCGCGCGUACGUGCACGCCGUCUAUUGCAAAGCGAGCUGCAGCGCCGCUAUAUUGAAGAAAUUGGCGAUAACGCAACUGGGCGUUCAAGAGCCAAGAUGCCGCCCGAAUUGAUUAUUACAUCACCAUCUAAGGGCACAAAAGUCACUGUAAUCCCGAAAAUGACUUCUUCGCAAAGGGUAACGGAUGCAUUCGGCACUCUCGAAUUUCCGGUAACCUUCAAGCCGGCUAGGCGCACCAACUCAUGGCAUAACCUCAACAAUGGAGCGCCAAAACCGGUGUGUAUGGCGCGUCAAAAUUAUAGAAUGCCCAGCUCCUACACUCUCGGCGAAAGUAAAAUAGAAGAGUUAGAUUUGAAGCUGUCAUUGAAAAAAAGGUACUGGACGGGUGUAAAAUCUGAUAAAAGCAAAGAAGAACACCAACGGCCACUUUCAUGGAAUCAACAAAUAUUGCGCCAGCACACAUCGGGACAACAGUCCAGACAUGGAGCGUUUGAACGACUAAAAAAACCAUCACGUGAAAAACUAGAGGAUACCAGUCACCGCAAAGCCGACAAUGAAGCCUUUCUUAACGCCUGUUCACAGAAGCUAUUGCAUUGGCAACAAGAGCUAAAUAAUGUAGGCAGAACUUUUGUGGCCAAAGAUGCCAAUGCGUCGCCAAUGCUAAGCAGAAAAAUUAGUAUUCAAAUGGGUGCUCUGGCAUUAGGUAUGCCGGAAAUUAUUGAGGAUGAGCGAACUAUGCGUAUAUUUCGAAAGGUUUCACAAGUGAAAAAGGAGCUAAAGGCCCCCACAAAAGAUGAGGCUGGAAUUGUCGACCACAAGUUGAAACGGCGAAGCAAUGCACUCACGAAGAUCGCCGAUACAUCACAGCUUAUUGCGCGCCUAACUAAAGGUAGAUCGAAAAGCCGAGGCCACGGUCACGCCACCGCAAAGCGUACUAACAACACCAAUUCGCAUCAACAAGCUGGACUUUCUUCAAAUGCAUCCAAAGCGCGUAUACCGGGCGUUAAUCGCUUCAAAACCGGAAGCAUUGUAGUAACGGCAGUGCAGCAGUCGUCGACAAAGAAAGUUAAGAAAGUGCAUCGCAGCAGCAAAUCACAACUCUCACUUAGUUGCGUAGCUGACGGUACAUGCAAAAAGGAUCAAAACAAUGGUGCUGGUGGAAGCACAAAGCUUAGUAAGACCAAUCUAUCAAUUAAGUCCUCGCUGAAUUCGAACACUUUCGUUCGUAAAGUGAAGACAAAACUAACCAAAAAGAAGUCAAGCCAUACACGCGAGGAGACUACUAAUAUAGCACCAAGUAGUCGUGCUUUGGUUAAUAACAAUAGCAUCAUCACCAACAACAGUAUUUAUGGAGUGCCUUUAUCACGAAAGAUGUAAUACUUCUUUAAUGAAAUGAUAAAGAAUUGAGAUUAAUAGUAACAAUGUUUAAUGGUACUAUAGGUAAUUUUUAAAGGUAUUUUGUAUGUAGUUAACAAAAAUAAAGGCUAGAAUUUAGUAUAGUGCCGAUCGCUUUGGAAAAAACGGUAAAAAGGGGGUGAUAGAGGGGUGUAUCCCCAUCUUAAAACUGAAAACAGAACCUGCCGGAGGCUUAUAGUUUUUAAGUAAUUUAAUGUUAAAGUUCUAUAAUUUAGCGAAAAGUUGGUGUUGCCAUACACCUGAAAUGAAAACGAAGUUCGCACGCAAGGAUGUUCAGUGGAAGGUUC